AUGCUGCCCAGGCAGGCCGAUAUCGACAACAGGGCGUCAAACGGACCGUGGAGCACGGAGCCUAGCAGCGGUGGCCUCAGUCCACCCCCGUAUCGCAUCAUCAACCAGACUGGUAGAUGCACUGGAAAGAGGAUGAUUGUCUUUGCUGCGCCACUGGAGGAGUCCCACCUCUGGACUCAACAGACCAAUGCGGUCGUGGAGCCUGGCCUCAGACUUCCCCCGUAUCGCGUUGAGCCGCUGGAGCUGCUACCGGUGUCGCCAGAAUUCAUCCGGACCAGUGUUCAUACUGGGAUCGAAUACGUCAACUUGUUCCUCUCGAAAGGGACACUAUGCCCGGCCCGCGCCGCUAAAAAACUUUCGACGCUGCCGAUUAUUGGCAAGUGCUCGAGCCUCCGCCUGUCUCGGCCUCGCUAA